AUGGGCACCGGCGGCAGCCGUUUACAGGGCUCACGCCGGCCCCUUUCUCGCCCCCACCAUUUUCAUCAUCAUCGUCCCUACCGUCGUUCUCGUCCCAAGCUGAAACGCGUCCUCUCUUCUCUCCUCAUUUGUGGUUCCGUUCCUCCCUCCAAUCCACAUCAUCAUGAGAUGGAAGAUGAUCCAGCUGAAAAACUGGUAAGCUCCUCUGAAAAAGAUGCAGAAAAGAUCCAUUUCCCAGACAAGGUGUCUUCUUUCUCCAAUGGCACUAUACCUCAUUCAAUUGAGAGUGAUGAUGGAACUGCCAUGAGCUCUAGGAUUCUCGAAAACUGUCAUGGAGAAGAUAUUCAGAGGGAACCUGAGGUGAUUGAUAAAGGAAAGAGCUUGUCCAAGAAUAAAGAAUUAGUUUUAGAUCCAGCAUCGAUUGCUACAGGUAGAGUCGAUGAAGCUAGUACAUCCUAUGAAGAUCAGCAUUCCUCAGAAUCAGAAUCCGCAAAUAUAACAGGAAAUGCAGAUCCUACAGACAGAGGAAUCUAUGCCAUGGAUAGCGAUGUACAACAAAAUCACGCAUGCUCUUUAGGGUCUAGUUUCCAACCUCACAAUGGGCAGGUAGAAUCAUUAUCCGGUGGAGUUUCAAUUGGGAAUACGAUGGAUGAAGUUAUGGUCUUCCAUGAUUGUGAAACUAGUCCUGCAUCUGCUCUUUCACCAUCUGCAGCCAGUGAUAUUUUUCAGCAGGCAUCGCCUGCAAGUCUGUCAUUUCUUGUGACAGAGAGAGAUCAAGUCAAUAGAGAUACGGACGUACUCCAAGUUGAUGUGCUUAGUGUCUCCUCUGAUGUUUCAAGUAUUAGUGCUGCUGACUUGAGCUAUCAUGAGGCAAGACGCAAUAGCAGAAGGCUUUUUUGGGAUGCCUUCUCAAGAAGGGGUUCUAGAAGACAUGCAGAUUCCAGAUCAUCUAUAUAUACCACUGAUGAUUCUGAUGGUUUCGAUUUUCAUGACAGACGGCUGUUUGAUUUUAAUUCUGAUUUCUUAGAUAAUGCGUCUGUGGGUAGUUCCAGAUCUAAUGGAAAUAAUAACCAGCAUCCAAGUGAGCAUCGAUGGCACUCCAGUUCUGAGCUAUGGGAAAGAUUUCGUGAUGCUGGCCGAAAUGGUUUGGAUCGCCGAACAGCUGCCACUUGCGCAUCAGGUGUCCACCCAGAUGGUGCUUGUUCGUGUGGUUCAAUGAUCAGGGCUGAGGAGUCUGGUGCCCGUGCAAGUAUUUCAAGAAUAGUCAUGCUUGCUGAAGCAUUGUUUGAGGUAUUGGAUGAAAUACAUAGGCAACCAAUGCCACUAUCCUUGUCCGUUGCCUCACUUCCGGCUCCGGAAUCAGUGGUUGAUUCUCUUCCAGUUAAGGAUCACGAGAUUUCAGAAAGAACAGAAAACGGCAAUGAUGUUACACAGUGUUACAUUUGCCUGGCUGACUACGAAGAGGGAGACAAAAUACGCAUUCUUCCAUGUCACCACGAGUAUCACCUGGCAUGUGUAGAUAAAUGGCUUAAAGAAAUACAUGGUGUGUGCCCGCUUUGCCGGGGAGAUGUCCGCGGGGGUUUAGAUAUGAGAGAAGGUGCAAUUUCAGGCACCGAAGUCCAUUGA